AUGAGGGUCUCAGCUUUGUGGGCUGAGAACAACACCCCUGGGGCAGGGCCUUUGCUGAAGCCUCCCACUGCUCCCCUGGCCCGGCCCGGCCCCACUGCCACCAUCCUCUGUGACCACUCGGACCAUUGCAAUAACCAACUUGAUGAACUCCCUGAUCACCUGGAUAAGUUAGGGGUCUCGAGAGGGCCCCUGCCCUCGCCUUCCUGGGAACAGGAGGUCAGUGCCCCAUGCCCCCUGCCCUGCCUCCCCACUCGGCUUUAUCACCCUGGACGCCCACCUCAGACGCGCGCCGGGCAGCUGGACAGAGGACUGAGCACCAUGUCUGUGCUGGUGGCACCCUUACUGCUGUGGGAUGUUGAGACCCGGCCAAACCUAUGGAUGGAGGCUGGAUCGCUGCUGGAACCCUGGGCCAACGUGACACUGACAUGCCAGGCCCGCGUGGCCAGUGUGGGCUUCCAGCUCUUCAAGGACGGGGUGGCCCAGGACGCUGUGCAACGACUUGGUCUGGAGCACCGGUUCCCUCUGGGAGCAGUGACCAGUGAAACCCGUGGGCUCUACCGCUGCAAGACAGACAUGGGCCAAAGGUGGACAGAACUGAGCAACCUGGUGGAGGUGUCUGGGGCAGACUCCCUGGCCCCACCCUCACUCUCGGCCGAGCCAGUAUCCUGGAUCACUCCGGGCCUGAACACAACCCUGGUGUGCCGCGGGGUGCUGCGGGGUGUGACCUUCCUCCUGAAGCGGGAAGGUGAUGAUGCGUUUCUGGAGGUGGCCGAGGCCCCCGAGGAGACGGAAGUGACUUUUUCAAUCCACCACCCUGGCAACUACAGCUGCAGCUACCGGACUCACGCCGCAGGCAACCCCUCGGAGCCCAGCAGCACCGUGACCGUCGAGGAGCGACUGGUACCACCCGCACCCACAAUGAGCUUUGAGGGAAAGGCCACUGGGGUGCUACAACCUGGUGCCCUGGUGCACCUCCGGUGCGUGGCGCCUCUGGUCGGUGUGGACUUCCAGCUGCGGCAGGGGGAGACCGAGCUGCUCGUAAACGGACACAGCACCACCCCAGGGCACAUCACCUUCGACAUGAACAUGGCGACACCCAAAGACAGUGGCCUCUACACCUGCCGCUAUCGGCUGUCUGGCAAGGACACAGCCUGGUCCGUGGACAGCGCCCCCGUGGAGCUGCUGCUGAGGGACGGGACGCUUCCUGCGCCGAAGCUGCAGGCCGAGCCGAGCCCCAGCGUCGCGCCCGGCGCGCUCGUGCGGCUGGAGUGCCACGCGCCCCGGGCUGGCCUGCGCUUCGCCCUGGAGCGCGAGGACGCGCGCGGCCACCGGCUGCACGGCCUCCUGAGCCCCACGGGCGCCGUGGCCCAUUUCGAGCUGCGCGACGUGUCGGUGCAGGACUCGGGCAACUACAGCUGCGUCUACUUGGACCCCACGCCGCCCUUCGCGGGCUCGGCGCGCAGCGAGCACGUGGAGCUGCGCGUGGACGGUGAGCGCGCGGGGCGCGUGUCCGAGGGGCUGAAGCGGGCGGCGCCUGCCUUCCCUUGGGUGUCAGAGAGAGUGAAACGGGUGCUCACCUUCCCUUGGGUGCCGGAGUGCGAGCUGGGUUCUAUCCCGACCCUGCUGACUUCUGCAGUGCAAUGGGGGGCUGGUGGCCCAGACUUCUGGCGACGCCUCCCUCCUCGGCUCAUUUCCCACGGCGGCUGCGUGUAG